AUGCCAAGAAGAACCGUCAGUUCUGAACGCAGAAGUGAGCUUAUCAAGGAGCGAGAUUCAUUCACUCGUGUGGAAAAUGGCUUUCAAUGCCCAGAUAUAGGGUGCAAGUUUCAUUCAAAGCCAAUGGACACCAAGUACCCGGAGAAAAUGCAAGCGCACUACCAAAAAGAACACACACGCGGAGGUAAGGUCGAGCUUUUGUGCCGGGAAGAAGGUUGCCCGUCAGUUCUCGGUAGCUACGAAUGCUGGGCCUGUCACCCAAGAUACCACCAGGAAAUCACAUGUCCCGUGUCUGCUUGCGACACCAAGAAGAGAAGUGAUCUCAUGCUUGAUCAUCUGCGGACUUCCCACGCGAUACCCCUACCCGUUGAGCACGGAAGAGAUGCUCAGUUCUACGAAGAUUGCGACACGAUAACUCGAACUUGGGAGGAGACACACAACGUUCAAGGUUUCGAUUAUCACUUCUACGAACGCCGACGAGGUCUCAUUUUUGACCCCGCUGAACAUGGCGGUAACAACGAUGAAUCAUCAACGGCUGACAUAUCGCAAGAAGAUCAGGACAUCAGUGCUGCAGCUAACGAGGCGCCAAGUAUCUCAGCCACAGAGACCCCUGUGCCUGCUCUUGCCUCGUCGACUGUCGUCUCUACUUCAACCGGCAAAACCCGCGGACCACCUCAAGCUCUUCGAGACUUCCUCUCAGAUCUGUUCAAUCGUCCAAAUGAACUUCGCAAAACCGACCUAUAUCAGACAUUCAACAAAUCUUUCUUCCUAGGAAGCUUUGUCAACAAGAAACUGUUCCGCAGCUAUAUCCCGGGGUACAACAACUCUCCUUCAUACAACUGCUUCAUGCUGGCCUCUAGCAUCAUGUGGCUGGGCAACGUCGACCUAAGCACUACACUGACGGAGUGCCUCGAUCGACAACUCGAAGUCGCUAAGAACUAUGGUGACGACGACAGGUCCUUCUUGAAAUAUCGAUCAAAAUCCAACAACGCCUUCUACGACUUCCUGUACGGUCUCUACGUCAAGACAAGAAUCGACCCCGAGCAUGAUUGGCCCUCGAGACCCGGAUCGGAAAAGCUAGCUCAGCUUGUGUACGAUCUUGCAGGUUCUGAGGAACAGGAGGGAAUGUAUGGCUACGACCUGAAGACGAAGGACAUGGUGGCCCUUGUGGAUGAGAGGAACAUCGACAGGGCGGAGCUGGUAAAUUCGGUCUGGACUGACGCGCUAGAGGAGUGGCUUAAGCACUAUGGUGAGCCGCAGCAUCGCACUUUUGGAGAGUAUCUGGGCGAGAUUGUGGAGCGAGAGGUCAAGAGGAUCAAAUUGGAGAAGUAG